UGAGGCGCAACCGGAAGGUGCACCGUUCUUUUCCGUCCGAUGUUUACUGCUUGGUUUUUGUGCUGCACGUUUGGUGAUAGUUUGAUGUGUAUAAUGAGGAUAUUGUCAUGUUUAUGACUUAAUAUGUAAUAUUUGUCAAGAUUAGGUAAAUAUUGAAUAUGUUAGUGAUGCAUCACCUCUACAAGUUAAUGCUGCAAAGCGGAAGUAGCUUCUCACAACUAAAGCUAGCUAACUAAUUUGACAGUAUUAUUUUUUUAUAUUUUUAAAAACAUGGCUGCAGAUGAUGCACCUUGCUCAGAGUUCAUGGAUUGGGAACUUGACACUUCGACAUGUAACGUUAAUGGACUUAAACAGGAGAAACAACUGUCUGCCUCUCAAAGAAGGUGCUACAGCUUCUGCAGGAGGAAGUCAUUUGCUGCGUUUGUGGCGUCCAAGAGGGACGACAGUCAGGAGGAAGGAAGCCCAUGUUGGUGCUGCUGUGGCCAGACCUUCAAGGAACACUCUUCCAUCCACAAACACACGGCCAGGACUCAUGAUGCUGAAAUACGGCAGCUCACACAGGCCGCAUAUGAGCAUUUGUUAAGCCAGCUGGAGGAAGAAGCUGAGACGCAGCAGCCGGACGAGCGUGAGGCUGAGCCGGUGGACUUCUCUGCCUGGAUUCCUGAAACUGGUCACAUCUCUGAGGAGCAACUUCAGAAGGGUCCAGGCAAGGUUCUCCUCUAUUAUCGCUACUGUCUGGUGGAGGAUCCACAUCUCAUCCAGACUUGGCAGAAAGCUUUGUGUGAGAAGCUCCACUUAACUGGCAAGGUGAGGCUGGCGACUGAAGGCAUCAAUGGAACAGUUGGAGGAACCAACACGGCCACUGACCUUUACAUCGACGCGAUGCAUUCACACCCGCUCUUCAGGAUGGAGGAGGAGGAUUUUAAGACAAGUGACGGCGGCGCAGAGUGUUUCAAAGACAUGAAGGUUGGGGUCUAUAAGGAAAUCGUCCCGAUGGGAAUGGAUCCUGAUGUUAUUUCCUACCAGCUGGCAGGAGUUCAUUUGGAGCCGGAGGAGUUUCAUGAAGAAGUGCAGGCUCUGUUGGCUGAAGGGGAUUCGUGCAGUGACACCAUCCUCCUGGACUGCCGCAAUUUUUACGAGAGUAAAAUUGGGCAGUUCACUCAGUGUCUGGCCCCGAGCAUCCGUAAGUUCAGCUACUUCCCGGACUACGUGGACCAGAACCUGGACCUGUUCAGAGACAAGAAGGUCUUGAUGUACUGCACCGGAGGGAUCCGCUGUGAGCGCGGCUCGGCGUACCUCCGCUCCAAAGAUGUGUGUAAAGAGGUUUACCAGCUGAAGGGUGGAAUCCACAAGUAUCUGGAGCGAUUCCCAGACGGUUUCUAUCGAGGGAAACUUUUUGUAUUUGAUGAACGCUACUCCAUCUCCUCCAACAACGACGUCAUCUCCGACUGCCGGUACUGCGGCUGUCCCUGGGACCAGUACCAACUCUGCUGCACCGCGUUCUGCUGCCAGCUGGUUCUGUCGUGUCCCGCCUGCAGACGGGACGGACGCACCGCCUGCUGCCCCACCUGUCAAACCAAAGGACAGGCUCCGCUCCACAGAGAGGAGUGCGAGUGCACCGACGGACGUCCCAGAAUCCCUCAGGAUGUGUAGCGACAGAGACGUUACGAUUGGACAUCAAUGCUGUUUGUCCAAGGAAAGUUAAUCCCAAUGUAAAACUAGAAUUAAUGGACGGUGCCCAGUGUAUUUUAAAAGUUAUGAAUUUUUAUAUGGACGUUGGGAUUUAAGUCAGAUUUACUGUUUCUAAAGAGUUUUAUUCUGAGUCUGAUAUUAGAUGAUAAAACCUUUUAUUCAUCUUUAAUUGAGGGAAAUGUCAGAAUGCAUCUGCACUCUGAGUUUAAUGACGUGAUUUUUUAAAAACUGGAAUGCCUCAUCAGUAAUGAAAAGCUCCGUUCCAGGAGAUAUGAACUUAUAAGUGUUUGUGUGCUUGUUUGUGUAAAAAUGGGAUUUUAUCUUAUGAUGUUAUUAUGUUAAUUACAUGCUUAAUUAUUCGCAAGAAAUGUUCAUGGUUUCUAGGACUCUCCUCGACCAAAGAUAUUCUUAGUCCACUUACACUCAUACCAUCUUGACGACUAAUUAAUUAGUUGAUUUAAUUGACAGAUCUGUAAAACUGAGUUUCUCUACAAAGAAUCUCACAAAAGCACCAGUUUAAAUAUUGUGUUCACAAGAGAUGUGCUCACAAGUUUCUUGAAAACAGAAAUCAUUCAGAAGAAAUCUUAGUCGACUUAGACCAAGACGACCGAUUAGUCGAUUAACCAACUAAGAGGGGGCAGCCCGAAUGGUUUCACAGACAUUUUUAAAUAAGUAAGCAAUCAAACUAUCGUGCCAACGUAUCAAAAACACUUCCUUACAUAAGUCUCUUGUGCUCUCUAAACCACACAGUCUCGGGUCAAAGUAGAUUACUGAGACUGCAGGUGUCUUUGAAACCACAAGCAGCAAACACAUCUGUGUGCCUUACUCA